CCCCUGCAGCUGGGGACCACUGAGAACACACAGUGGAAACAUCUCUGCCCGACACUUCAGCAAACAUCCAGGCAUUUUUAAUCCUCUCAGGGACGCUAUGAUUCCUGCAUAAUGUCAACUGAGGUUGCGAUUCAGAAGUUCUCCUUCCCCUUCUCCGCCACCGUUCGCCUUUCUCAACCAAGUGAGGUGACUCAGAAGGGAUGCAUUCAGGUGAAGGCCCUGCAGCUCCAGGAGAACCAGACCUUAAAUGAACCCAGCCCGGGUGCAGUGCAUAAUGAGACCCAGGCCCAGGCGGAUCCAAAGCCCGCUCCGGUCCCGGCCUGCGGUGAAGACUCUCAGAGCGGUGUUGUGUGCAGAAAGAGCGUGUUUGAGAAACUGACGGCGGAGAGCGAGGAUCAACGACCUGCGGCCAAGAGGCAGCUUUCAUCUGAAAGUGCAGCCAGAACCAUCACGGUGGUGAAGAAGAGCGCGGUGAGGAAGGAAGGUGAAGAACAGAGGCCCGUCAAACCUAAAGCUCACCUGGGGCAGAAGGCAGCGCCGUGCUCCGCCGCAGGGAAGAGGAGGCGUCGAAAGGACCUGUUCAGCAGCGCCGAGGUUUUCCACAGGGUUGAUUCACAUGUCAUCAGGGCAGGAGCAGAGUUAAAGGAAAAGCGAGUAUAUGAUGUGAAGACCAUCGUGCAGAGCAUCACACACGGAGCCAGAUCUGAGCUUGAGAAACUUCGGGCCAUCUGGGUCUGGCUGUGCCAUAAUAUCGAGUACGAUCUGAGCGGGUUCCUCGGACGAUCGGAGAAGCUGAGUUCACCAGAGGAGGUGAUCGCCGCCGGUCGAGGGGUCUGCUGUGGAUACUCCAGUCUAUGUACAGAAAUGUGCAGAGAGGUGGGCAUCAAGUGCCAGGAGGUGCCGGGUCACAGUAAGGGCGUCGGGUACCGCCAGGGCCAGAGCCUGAAGAGUGUCAAGUCGGACCACCUGUGGAACGCCGUGCUCCUGGGAGGACAGUGGUUCCUAUUGGACGCCUGCUGGGGGGCGGGACGAGUCGACAUGGAACACGAAAGCUUCGUCAAAAGGUUCGAUGAUUUCUAUUUCCUAACGGACCCGGAGGAGUUCAUCGAUUCACAUUUCCCCGACGAGGAGAAGUGGCAGCUCCUGGACACGCCCAUCGCCCUGGAGGACUUCGAGAGGAGAGUCUUCAAGACCUCGGCCUUCUUCACCAUGGGCCUCAGGCUCAUCCAGCCACAUCGCUUCCACAUAGUCACAGAGGACGGCGAGGCCAACGUGUCCCUGGGCUUCUCCAGACCUGCCACUUUUACCUAUGAGAUCACGCAGCACCGGGACCUCCUCCACAGCGGCGCCUCGGAGCAGAGGGAGUCGUGCAGCUCCUCCUUCGGCCUCCUGACCGUCUCCCACCGGAGCAUGAAGCUGCAGCUCCUCCCUCCCGCCAGCGGCACGUACGACGUCAAGGUGUUCGCCAGGCCCGAGACGGCGACCACUCCCCUGAUCUGGGUCUGCUCCUUCACCGUCGAGUGUCCGGUCCCCAGAGCCAUGGAGGAGAUCCCAGAGAACCCCUUCCUGUCCUGGGGGCUGCAGCCUAACGCGGGGUCUCUGGGGGUCUCGGGUAGCAGCCGAGGCAGCGAGGCGGUGGAGGUGGAGCAAGGAGCCUUUGAGCUGGUGCUGAAGACGUCCAGGCCUCUGAUGGCGCUGUGCGAACUGGUCCACCCCAAGCUGGAUGCUGCUGUUGCUAAGCGCUGCCUGGCAACGCAGAUCCAAGCAGACGUCCUGACCUGCAACGUCCUGUGUCCCCUGCGUGGGUUUUACCGCCUGUCGGUGUUCGUGCGGGACUACGAGAAAACGGACGUCAAGUUCCAGAAUGCUGCGAACUUCCUCCUGCACUGCAAAGGGAAAGUGAUGCAAAGGGAAGAGCUGUUUCCUCCAAACUUGGGCUCCGCGUGCGGUCCGGGUGUCCGCACGUCCGAGUUCGGGCUGAUAAAAUUCAGCCAUACAGCCGGCCUGGUGAGCACGCAGCAGGGGAAGUGUAACAUCACCUUCCACAACCAGCAGGACCUGGAGCUUCACACUGUGCUCAGUAGAGAGGAGAUCAAAACAGGCGCUCUCCCGCUGUCGCGCCACCUCUUCUGCACGUACACAGACAGUAAGGUGACGGUGAGCGCCAGCCUGCCCGACGCCGGCGUCUAUCGGCUGGGCGUGUACGCCAGGACCGCCCCCGGUGGAGACUUCAACCCCAUGUGUGACUUUGUUUUGAGGAACAGCUGCGAUCAGCCCGGGCCUCCGUUCCCUUGCGUCUACGCCGCCUGGAGGAAAGGCUGCGUGCUCUUUGAGCCGCGUGUGGGCCUGCUGGAGCCUGACUCCUGGGUCCGCUUCAGGGUGAGGGUCCCCGGGGCCCAGAGGGUGAGCGUGGUGGGAGACACGCAGACUGAUCUCAAACUGAACAAGAGCAGAGUGUGGGAGGGGGAGGUGUUCAGCGGGAACGGCGUCCAGCAAAUGAAGCUGGCCGCCUCCUCAGGGGAGACCAGCGAUAUGGCGGUUCUGAUGACCUUCGAUGUUAGGCAGUUGGAGAAAGACGCGUGAAAUGGAAAGACGAGCGGCCUGUUGCACCAGCUAUGAGUAAAUUCCCCUUAAACAGAAGCAGGGUUCCUACAAGUUUAUACAUUUAACAGCUAAAAUUUACUUAUGGGGUCAAAUGAGUGGCCGUUUUUGUCAAAAAAAAAAAAAAAAAAAA